UUUUAAAAAUUCAUAUACAGUUUAUUUUAGGGUUAUUUCAGCUGGCUUGUACCAUCAGUGUCAGCAACCUGUUGUACUUAUCUAGCGGGGUACUUCAGACUUGCCGAUAACGAACGAGCUGUCAUCACCAACAUAGGGAAUUCCCUCUAGCCUCGUUCUAGUUCACCGGAAGUGUUCCCCCAAAGACAGUCACAGCAGGUGAGGAUUUGUCACGCAACCAGGGGUGUGAACUUCGGCGUUAUUUGCCUUUUUUCGAACGGGAAUGGUGAAUUUCUGAAAGUAACUGCAAUACAAGUGAUCUUGCCAUUAUUCACAAGAGAGCCCUGUGAGGGGAGGUAACCCCUGCACUGAUCCUGUCUCACUCAUCACACAUCAUGUCUAUCCAGUACACUUAUAGACAGCUGGAUGAGGUGUCGGUGGAUGACCUUAACCCUUCCACUGUCUCUGAAAUCUACCACAGUCGCGUUCAGCCCGAGGGCUCGACGGAUGGGGAGAACGCUUUGGCUCAAAUGAAAUGGCCCAGAGUUGUCGGCAUUGUUCAGAUUAUUAAUGGAUUCAUCACAGGAUUUUUAGGUGUUGCAGAAGUAUUCUUGAUCCCUAUACUGGAGGAUAUCAGAAGUAGCAACACUAUUGUAAUUGGCAAGAGGAACUGUUACAUGGCUGGCAUUUUUGCAGGAAUCAUGAUGUUAAUAACGGGCAGUACAGCAGUCAGGUCGUCCAUUAGUCAACGAGGAUCCACGAUCCAGAGGUACAUGAUACUUCUAAUCCUUUCCAUCGCCAUGUACACGGCAUUUUCGGGCUUCCUCAUCAGCGGCUACAUUAAAGGAUGGACAGAAAAGGACAAAUUUCCUGAAGGAAGCUCACUCUAUGAAGUCCACAUUUUCGUGACGGCCAGCACUCUCCUUGGCCUCAUGUUUGUUGUGGCAGCGUUUAUCCAGUACUUCCAGGCUGUGUGUUUUGGAGAAAUCCAGUUAUUCAAAAGAGCCUUAGUUUGUUGUUUACCCUGCUUGUUUAAGGUUAAGAACAAUGUGAACGAGGGAAAUAUAAGUAAUAUAGUUGUCUGAUACAUUUGUUUUAAAAAUUAAUGCCUUUGUUAAGACAUCCCAUAUCAACUGGAUCAUGGUUUACCAUUUAUCAGUAUCAGUUUGCAAAAAUAUGGAUUUAGUGCCCACAUCUAAAUUUGAGCCUGGUUGUCAUACAGCCGACAGUUCUGUGUCGACUGUAGGAGAACGUGGCAAAUUUUCGCCACCAUGACGAGAAGUUGAAACAGGUUAAGCUUUCCCAGUCAUGGCGGGUAUGCAACAUCAUGAGAAUAUGCGAGUCCCCAGUGCUGACGGACUCAACUGCCAGGUACUGUUGGUCAUCCGCUGGGUAUAUGAGAAUCAGGGUCAAUCUUCUCAACCCUUUCUGUGGAUGAUUGCAUCAUCUGUUGUCAUUUAUGUACCUUUGCAAUUUGUUGUUUGGCUUAGAACUAUAUUGACGUCAGCGUCAUUUGCAAAUUGUUACAUGAUGCAAACUACAUGC